CUCCUCAACUCUCUCAAGCUGGUUGAAUUUGUACCUGUUUGUCCGUUGCAACAUACCCCGCAAGAUCUCCCCGCUCACCCGGUAACUUUCAAGUUCUUCCUGGCACAACAUCAGUAUCAUGAAUCUUGCUGGUCACUGAGCUCCGUAGUAUAUCUUUCACCACAUCAGCACAGCGCUGCGCCUCACCGCCGCAGUACAGGACGACUCGAAAGGCGCGACGGUGGCGCGUCCAGUGACACAUCAAGCCACCCCCUCCGGACCUGCUCUAAGCAGCCAUGGCGGCAUACUUCUUCGCAUCACCCGUGGACGUGGACAUCAAGCUCGAGGGCGAAGACGAGCGCAAGAAGGUGGACCUUAAACUUGAGAAGGAGCGCGCCAUAUCAUGUCCGGUAUACUAUGACGGAGACGCGGUCUCGGGGCAGGUGACCGUGCGUGUGCGCGACGGGAAGCGGCUGGCGCACGAGGGCAUCAAGGUGGAGUUUAUUGGCAGCAUAGAGCUAUUCUACGAUCGUGGGCACCAUCAUGAGUUCCUCUCAUUAUCCCAAGAGCUCGCCGCACCAGGGGAGAUGCGUGCAGCACAGACAUUCGACUUCCUUUUCAAGAACGUCGAGAAGCAGUAUGAGAGCUACCAGGGGAUCAACGUCAAGCUACGGUACCUCGUCCGUGUGACGAUCUCGAGGCGAAUAGCGGACGUGACGAAGGAGCAGGAGUUAUGGGUGCACUCGUUUCGCAUGCCGCCCGACAGCAACAACUCGAUCAAGAUGGAAGUAGGCAUCGAGGACUGUCUCCACAUCGAGUUCGAAUACAACAAAUCCAAAUACCACCUGAAAGACGUCAUCGUGGGCAAGAUUUACUUCCUGCUCGUGCGCAUCAAGAUCAAGCACAUGGAGCUCUCCAUCAUCCGCCGCGAGACGACCGGCGCGCCGCCGAACCAGUACAACGAGAGCGAGACCAUCACGAAGUUCGAGAUCAUGGACGGUGCUCCCGUGCGAGGGGAGACGAUCCCAAUACGGUUGUUCCUGGGUGGGUUCGAGCUGACGCCGACGUUCCGGGAAGUGAACAAGAAGUUCAGCGUGCGGUACUACCUCAACCUCGUCCUCAUCGACGAGGAGAACCGGAGGUACUUCAAGCAGCAGGAAAUCACUAUUUUCCGUAUUCCAGAGAACUGACGAGGACGGACUCUGUGUACUUAUUAUACGUAUUGAUUAUUCUGGAACUCGCCUCUCCCUGUUUUGAGAAAUUUGUUCUCAUUGUUCCUUCUAUGCUGAUGGUCGUGUUUUCAUCGCGGUCUGUUUGUAACACCGAGGGUGCCUUGACUAAAGCCUACAUAUCAAAAUGGUCUCCGACGCCAGUCAACCUCAAGCUAAGUAUCUCUGACCAUCCCGAGAUGAUGUGCCCAAGCAAACUGUACCUGUGACUGAAGAUGUGCAUAACUCAUAGUACCACAGUAUUGAAAUAUUGGAGUUAAG